AUCUACCCAUCGACGUCAACGCCAUCCCAUCCUCCCCAGCACUUCCUCACCGCUCUUCAUCGCCAUGUCCCUCUCCAACCCCAUUAACGCGGCCCUCCUCCCCGCCAUCCUUUUCGUCGCAUACCGCAUUCUCUUCCCCUCCAAGCCCACCGCCCCAGCAGUGCCAUGCACCCGCUACGACCAGGGCGAGUACAACUGGGCCCCAACGAAACACCCCAAGGUGGCAGUGUACAAGGACUAUGACGUGCACGAACUCUCGAAGAGCGACGGGCGGGGAACGCAGAGUAUUCUCCUCGCCAUCGCGCGGAUCGUGGACGGUCGCAUCUCAGAGCGCACCGUGUUUGAUGUGUCGGCUGGCGCCAACUUUUACGGGCCAGAUGGAAUGUAUGGAAACUUUGCGGGGCGCGACGCUUCGCGCGGGAUGGCAAAGCAGUCGUUCGACGAGGAGAUGCUUACGGAUCUGGACAAGCCCCUCGAUGAUCUCAAGGAUUUGACACCUGCCGAGAUCGACAACAUGCAUGGGUGGCACGACCACUUCUCCAACAAGUACAAGGUCGUUGGGCGCCUGGUGUAG